GGUGUGACGUAUAUACACAAACACGAAAAAGGAUUGAGUUUUAAAGCUUUCAUUGAAUAAAAUAAAAGUACGACUGGAUUGAUGUGAAAUUGGUUACUUUUAAAUUGCAAAAUGUCUGAAAGAAAAGUUUUAAAUAAAUACUAUCCUCCAGACUUCGAUCCGUCGAAGAUCCCUCGUAUGAAAUUAGCAAAGAACCGCCAGUAUACGGUUCGUUUGAUGGCCCCUUUCAACAUGCGAUGUGCUACAUGUGGAGAGUACAUUUAUAAGGGAAAAAAGUUUAACGCGCGCAAAGAAGACGUUGAGAAUGAAGAUUAUCUCGGAAUAAGGAUAUACAGAUUCUAUAUAAAAUGCACCCGUUGUUUGCAAGAAAUAUCAUUCAAGACAGAUCCAAAGAACACAGACUAUGAGAUAGAAGCGGGGGCUACUAGAAACUUCAUGGCUCUGAAACUAGCAGAAGAACAAGCAAAGCGGGAAGAAGAGGAACAGAAAGAGGAAGAAGCAAAUAAUCCUAUGAAAUUACUCGAAUACAGGACCGAACAGUCCAGGCAAGAAAUUGAAUUGUUGGAAAGUCUUGAGGAAUUAAAGGAGCUUAAUAGACGGCAACGCACCAUUGACUAUGAGAGUAUGUUAAAGCAAUACCAGCCAGAGACUGCUGAGGAACGGAAAGCCAGGGAAGAAAAGGAAGACAACGAAUUUAUAAAGUCAAUCAAAUUCAACAAUGCAGGAAAACAUAAAAUUGUAACAGAGGAAAUAAUAGAAGAUGUCCAAGACACUGAUGAACCGAAAGUUAAAACUGCAAAAGUAGAAAUAUUGCCUAAAACGAGCACCGACUCUAAAAGAAAUGAGUCAUGGAAUAGAAGUAUAGGAGUUUUAUCAAAAAAAUCACCUUUAGUUAAUCUUGUGAAGAAAAAAGCAGUCGAAGUUAAGUGUGAAAAACAAGAAGCACCAGAUUCUCAAAGUGUCAAAGAAAUAUCUUCAGUUAAUGAAAGUGCUGUAAAAAGUAAACCUCCUGCAUCAGGACUUUCAUUGUUGGCGAAUUAUUCUGGCAGUGAUAGUGACUCGCAGUGAGUGUUCUAAUACAUUUUGAUACGGAUAUUUAUGUUUAAAAAAAAAAUUAAUUUCAUUGAACAGAUUAAACAAGUUGACUUAAAA